CACGCUGCUCAUAGAGGUGGCGCUAGCAGCUAGUUCAGUUGAUCUGUCAGCCCGGAUCUAAACACACACACACACACACACACACCGCUGGGCACUGCUCUCUUCCGGAUUGCUCUCCUCUGAUGGCUGAAGAAGACCCUCCCAUGUGAUCUCAACUUGGCACUCUCCAUCGAGGACAGAAGCACGGCUCAUGCUGCCACUGUAGAUAUGCAAUUUCUAUGCUACUGAGACAUUUGUCUCAUUGUCCUGGAGCUGCUUCGGGGGCAGAGUUGAAGCUUGAUUACCAAAAGCUGCUGCUCUGAGUCAAGUUGGAUUUUUUUUUCUCUGCCUGUUCCUUUGCACUGUCCCAGCAUAGUGGGCAAACUGUAUGGCACUGGAGGCCAACUGAGCCAAGGGGGACUCUGGCUGUACUGGAGGAUUAGUCUGCUGUGGGAGUGGGGACUGGACCAGGAGAGCAGGCCCACAGAGACGCACAUCAUGCUGCAGGGACACUAAGCUCCCUGUUUAAGCCCCCUCUGUGUGGCACUUGUUUUUUUUUCCUUUUCCUGCAAUCUCAUCGGUUUUGGAUGGUUGAGCACAAGGGCUACUUUGAAGGAACCCACCGGUGGCUGUGGUUUGGCCAAAGCUGACAUACUUUUUGCCAGCUAUUGCUGAUUUAGUAUCCUUGUCCACUGCUCCCAAUGCUUUAGCCCCCUUCGCUUUGGUCUCCAGUAUGUUGAGUGGUGUCUGGAGGCAUUGCAGGAGUGGAACUGAACCAUUAAUACCGUUGUAGCUGGUUACUUUCCGUCAUAUAUUUUGCACUGUGAAAGAUUGCUGGAACACAAUUUCAAGGACUUUUUUUCCCCCUCUGGUGGAACAAAACACCCAAGUCAAGGUUAUUUUUCAAAUUUAAAUCCCGGAAACAAGACGGCUCCAGAGGAGGAUGAAACUGAGGAAACAGGUGACAGUGUGUGGAGGGGCCAUAUUCUGUGUGGCUGUAUUCUCUCUGUAUCUGAUGUUGGAUCGAGUCCAACAUGACCCUGCAAGGCGACAGAAUGCAGGGAAUUUUCCAAGGAGCCAAAUCUCAGUUCUCCAGAACCGGAUAGAGCAGCUGGAGCAGCUCCUGGAGGAAAACCACCAAAUCAUCAGCCACAUAAAAGACUCUGUAAUGGAGCUCACAGACACAGGAGCUGUGUCUCCCAGUGGCCACCUGCCAUUCAGAAGUGCCAAUGGCUCCUGGGUACUGCCAUUUGAUGGUCGCCCCACUUUCCUCGCUGUCAAACCCCAGGAUUGCCAGAUAGCUGGAGACAGCGGUGCUCAAGCCGACGUUCAGAUGCUGGAUGUUUACUCAAUCGUGAAGUUUGAUAACCCGGACGGUGGUGUAUGGAAGCAGGGUUUCGAAAUAACUUAUGAGCCUGACGAGUGGGACAAGGAGCCUCUUCAAGUCUUUGUGGUCCCUCACUCCCACAAUGAUCCAGGUUGGAUCAAGACUUUUGACAAGUACUUCACAGACCAGACGCAGCACAUUUUAAACAACAUGGUGGUGAAGUUGGCUGAGGAUCCUCGCAGGAAGUUCAUCUGGUCUGAGAUUUCGUUCUUCUCCAAGUGGUGGGAGACUGCAGACAAACAAAAACAGGAGGCUGUGCGCAAGCUGAUCCAGGGAGGGCAGCUUGAGAUUGUGACAGGAGGCUGGGUGAUGACGGAUGAAGCCAACGUUCACUACUUUGCCAUGAUAGACCAGCUCAUCGAAGGCCAUCAGUGGCUUGAGAGAAAUCUGGGUAUAACCCCGCGCAGUGGGUGGGCGGUAGACCCCUUUGGUCACAGUGCUACGAUGCCCUAUCUUCUGAAGAAGGCCAACCUGACCAGCAUGCUGAUUCAGCGAGUCCACUACUCCAUCAAAAAACACUUUGCCUCCACCCGCAGCCUGGAGUUUAUGUGGAGGCAGGCCUGGGACACUGGAUCGGGCACGGACAUGUUUUGCCACAUGAUGCCGUUCUACAGCUACGAUGUGCCUCACACCUGCGGACCCGAUCCCAAGAUCUGCUGCCAGUUUGAUUUCAAGAGGUUACCGGGUGGUCGGAUAAACUGCCCCUGGAAAGUGCCACCAAAACCUGUGGUGGAGGCCAACCUAGCAGAGAGGGCAAAUCUGCUCCUGGAUCAGUACCGUAAAAAGUCCAAACUCUACCGCAGCAAAGUGCUCCUGGUCCCGCUGGGAGAUGACUUCCGCUACGACAAGGCCUUGGAGUGGGAUCAGCAGUUCACCAACUACCAGAAGCUGUUUGACUACAUGAAUUCUCACCCAGAGCUGCACGUACAGGCUCAGUUUGGGACGCUCUCAGAAUAUUUCGAUGCUGUAUACAAAGCACAGGGAGUGGCCCAGGGAUCCAGACCUCCAGACUUCCCGGUGCUAAGUGGAGAUUUCUUUGCCUAUGCAGACCGUGAAGAUCAUUACUGGACCGGCUACUUCACCUCUCGUCCCUUUUACAAGAGCCUGGACCGGGUGAUUGAGUCGCACCUCAGGGGGGCCGAGAUCCUUUACAGUCUGGCAGUUGCGAAUGCUCGACAUGUGGGCAUGGAAGGACGCUACCCAGUUUCAGACUAUGCUCUGCUGGUCGACGCCAGGCAGUCGGUUGCUCUCUUCCAGCAUCACGACGCCAUCACUGGCACCGCCAAGGAAAAUGUUGUCGUUGACUACGGCACCAAAUUACUGCGGUCGCUCAUUGGUCUGAAGAGGGUAAUCACUAAUGCUGCUCAUUUCCUGGUCAUGAAGAACAAAGAGUUUUAUCGCUUUUACCAGACCGAGCCCUUCCUGGAGACGGAUGAUCGGCGUGCUACUCAAGACUCUCUUCCUCAGCGCACUUUAAUCGAGCUGGACCCAGCAGGGCCGAGGUACAUGGUUCUGUUCAACCCUGUGGAGCAUGAGAGGCUGUGUGUGGUGACUGUGUUGGUCAACACGGUCAGGGUGCGGGUGCUUACGGAGGAUGGACAGACGCUCCCCGUGCAGCUGAGUGCUCAGUGGAGCUCUGCCAGUCAAAUGAGUGCAGAAGUAUUUGAGGCAUCGUUCAUGGUUCGCCUGCCGCCUCUGGGUCUGGCUGUCUUCCAUCUUUACGACUCUCCGGACUCGCCCAUGACGCUCCGCUCCGACACGCUGCUCAGGCUGUCUGGAGGGGGGGUCAGUGCUCGGGGCACGGACUCGCUUUCUGUCCGCUCUCAGCAGGCUGACCCUCAAACCUUCUACAUCAGCAGUCAGGCUCUCACACUUGGCUUCUCUGGCACCACGGGUCUGCUGGAGAGCAUCAAGCAUAAAGAUGAUCCCCAGGAAGUGAAGGUUCAGAUGCAGUUCAUGGUUUACGGCACUCGCCCCUCCAAAGACAAAAGUGGAGCGUACCUCUUUCUACCUGACGGAAAAGCCAAGCCCUACCACCAGAAAGAAUCACCUGUGGUGCGCGUUGUGGAGGGGCCCCUCUUCUCCGAGGUGGUGGCACACUACCAGCACUUCCAGCAGACCGUUCGCAUCCACAAUGUGCCAGGGGUGGAUGGUUUGUCUGUAGACUUCACCACUACGGUGGACAUCAGAGAUCAGACCAAUAAGGAGCUCGCCAUGCGCCUGGUUACCGACAUCCAGAGUGGAGAUGUCUUCUACACAGACCUCAACGGCUUCCAGAUGCAACCUCGUCGCCACCAUCUGAAGCUUCCCUUGCAGGCCAACUUCUAUCCCAUGCCCAGCCAGGCGUACAUCCAGGACAGCCACCACCGCCUCACACUGCACACGGCUCAGUCUCUGGGCGUCAGCAGCUUGGAGAGCGGCCAGCUUGAAGUGAUAAUGGACCGGCGCUUGAUGCAGGAUGAUAAUCGUGGACUCGGCCAGGGCCUGAAGGACAACAAGAAGACCGUCAACCACUUCCGACUGCUGCUGGAGAGGAGAUCAAUGGGCAACCAGUAUGAAGGUUUCUUUGCCAGAUUCUCAUCCUUGUUUAGUUCUUUCCUCUCCAAAUUUUUGAUUGAUGGAUUUCAAGAGAUGAUGGACAGUGCAACAACCAGCUUCCCGUCUAUACUCAGUCACAUAACCAACGCCAUCCUGAACCACGAGGUGCUGGCGCUGCCCGUCUUGCCCAAAAGACGCGGCAUCCCUCCUCUGCAGACCUUCGCCCCUCUCAAGUCCCUCCUGCCCUGCGACUUCCACCUGUUGAACCUGCGCAGCAUCCAGAGCCAGGAGGACCCCCACUCUCCGUCUCCAUACGCGGCCUUGAUUCUUCACCGUCUGGCGCUGGACUGUGGCCUUGAGGCUCAGAAUCUGGGCUUUAACUGCACCACCACUCAAGGACAGCUGAGUGUAUCGGGACUGUUCAAGAACCUGGACCUGCAGCUGCUCCAGCCCAUGUCCCUGACCCUGAUGCACUCCGGCACGCCUCUGACCAACGACUCCGCCAUCAGCCUCGACCCCAUGGAGAUCUCCGCCUUCAAGCUCAAACUGCGCUAAGAGCCGUCCACACCAAACGAGGCAAUACAAAGGAAAAAAAAACUAACCCAGCAGACUCCUUGGACCAAGAACCAGUCCCACGCUGGGGCGGCGGACUGGGUCUGUGGUCUCUCCGUUUUGUCAAGAAGAACAACGAACAAUACAGCUCGGAGAGGGAGGGUCCACUGUAACAGGACUGACUGCACAGCAGGGGGCAGGCGACAGCUUGUUACUGUGGACAUCUCUGAGAGCAGCUAACACCCUGGUGAACUUGCAGCUGCUCUGAUACGAGCAGGACUGAGUCAGUCGUCGGAUACGAGCUGGUAUCUGUUCAUCUCCAUCAUCGAACAUGAAAUCUCAUUUAGUUCUGCUUUGUAAGAACCUUUUCUACCUUCGCUCCAUCCUGGACUGAACUACUGAAUGUAAAUAUCCCAAAUGAUUAGUUGGGGGCAUGGGUGGGGGGUGUGAGACUUGUGCCACAUCAGAGCGCAAUUUACAGAGCUUUAUAUGGUGUAUGCAUUUUUAAGUUUAAUUUGUUUAUUUUAUGUACGGCAGUGAAGUCACACAUCACAGCAGUUUGUUCUUUUUGUACUUAUAGAUCUACUGUUGACUGCAGAGGUUUUUGUUUUAUUUUAAUUUUACCCGACAGACUCGAAUGCAGCAAAGAGAAUGUGUGGUCUCUCCAUCUCAGCGGCCAGGAGACCCGAGCUACGGCUCUUAAAGCUGCCGGAGUCCCAGGUCGGGCCCCACACGACGACAAUGUGACCAUGAAUCAUAUCAGACAACUGUUCUGUCCCCUGGUUGUUUUCUUGUAGAUAGUUCAACGACCUUGCCCCCCCCCCCCCCCCCCCCCCUCUUUUCCUGUCCUAUACCUCAUAUAUACCACAAUUCAGAUACAUCUGUGUGUUUGUGUGCAGAGAAUGAUGAUGUGAAUACUUGAGUUUCUCUUAAUUUUGUGUUGGCAUGUGUCAACACUAUCAGGGACCACUCAUAGUUUUGUUAGGCAUCAUGGAUCAUUGUCUGUGUCGAGCGGUUUGUCAGAUCAUUGUAGAAGAAAAGAAACUUCCUGUUUAGUCAAAGUAAAGGAGAAGUUCACCCAACUUGCAAUAUAAAGUCUUGUUUUCCUGUACAGACACUUUGGAGUGUUAGGAAAUUCAUUUCUCUGGAGCCUGAGGGGAAUUUUUUAACAGAGUAAAGCAAACUCUUAUUUAAGAAGCGGAAACAGCAGAAGAUUUGGCUUUUUUGCUUAGCAGAUGUCAAUUGAUGAACUUAAUUUCUUUUGAUCACAGCAACACUAUUAUAAUCUUUUCAAAUCCCUAAAUAAUGGCGACGAAUGGAAUAAAAAUGUUGUUGCCCAGUGCAGUUUAAAAUUUCAACAAAUGUGACACAAACUAGUCUGCAGAAAAGGACUAAACUAAUUCUGUGUCUGUUAAUCUUUAGUGUUUCUGCUGAAGCGUUGACCAAAUCAAGUGUUCUCCAGGCAAACCAUAUAUAAGCUAGAAAAAAAUACUUUUGUUAGCUGUGGACAUAAACUAAUGGACCACAAUGCAUUGCACAUAGAUAAUUAUGAGAAGCUUGGCACAGCUGAACAAUAUGUGACAAGUCUUCAGGGGAAAACCUGGAAUUUUGGGAAAAAGUUGAUUUCAUAUUUGUCAACAUGUCUCUUCAGUAGAAGGCUGAGUGUGUGUGUGUAGCUCUAACACUUCCUGCUUCUUUCAUUGUGCACAUGAUUGUUUUAUUAGAGUCACUACAUAGAGGUGUAUAGAACAGCUGCUAUGUUUGAGACUCUGUCAGUCAGACGGAGACGAAGCUGUUGAAUUCUUAACAAAUGUUUUUUUUUUUUUCAAUGUGCAAGUUUCAGAGAUGGAUUUCUCUGCAUGGCUACAUUCCACUAGAAUCCUGCUCGGUGUAAUUUGGGUGAACUGACCCUUUGGAAAUGUGUUAGAUUAAAUGCCACACAGGAGGAAGAGGUUUUCUUUGAAUCAGCUGCAUUUCUUUUUUUACCUUCAGCUCCACUGUGCUUAUUAUUCUGAGGCUGUUGCAGCUCAGGCAACUUUGACAAGGCUCAGAGAAUAGUCCGGACCCUUCUCUGAGCCGUGUGCGUGUGCGGUCAUCAUCAUCUUUGUUCGAACGCUGAGGCCGGACGUUUCUCACAGACAAACCUGUGUCACAGUUUGUACUGCACCACUAGUCUUCCCCUGUUGCCAUAACCGCUCAUCUUCAUUUUCCACAGGAGCUCUGCUGCUCCUCCACCAGUCCCGAUAUCUGUUCUGCCACAUAGUUUAAGCCCCCCCCCCCCCGGCUGCAGUUAACAUGUCAGUCAGAAAACACUUCGCUGCAUCAUGAUUGGCACUUUCCCCUGUCGUCCUAUGACCUCGUACCAUCCCUCCCCUGCUGCCUCAGUAGGCGUCUGACUCUCUGUAUAAAUGUCUAUUUCUUUUUGUCUUUUUAUUUGAUAUCUGUUGUAGGGCUGUCAUUUUUUGUUUUGUUUGUUCAUAGGUAAUAUAUGAAGUUGAGGUCUCUGUUUUACUGAUGACAGAAUAAAGCUGCAGUAGAACUACAGCGGAGACGGGGCGUGAAUACAAAAAAUCCAAAUACAA